GAAUUCGUUGUCAUAUUCGUCGCUCUCUUCUGGAAUUGAAGUAUCAAGAUUACUAAUGGCCCAUACAUCAGAAUCUGUGAAUCCUAGAGAUGUUUGCAUUGUGGGUGUUGCACGUACUCCAAUGGGUGGCUUUCUUGGAUCUCUUUCAUCUUUACCUGCCACAAAGCUUGGAUCUUUAGCUAUUGCAGCUGCUUUGAAGAGAGCAAAUGUUGAUCCAGCUCUUGUUCAAGAAGUUGUUUUUGGCAAUGUUCUUAGUGCUAAUUUGGGUCAAGCUCCUGCUCGCCAGGCUGCUUUAGGUGCAGGAAUCCCUAACUCUGUUAUCUGUACUACAGUUAACAAGGUUUGUGCAUCAGGCAUGAAAGCUGUAAUGAUUGCUGCUCAAAGUAUCCAGUUAGGGAUCAAUGAUGUAGUUGUGGCGGGUGGUAUGGAAAGCAUGUCUAAUACACCAAAAUAUUUGGCAGAAGCAAGGAAAGGAUCUCGAUUUGGUCAUGAUUCGUUAGUAGAUGGAAUGCUAAAGGAUGGACUAUGGGAUGUCUAUAAUGACUGUGGGAUGGGAAGUUGUGCAGAAUUAUGCGCUGAGAAGUUUGAGAUUACAAGAGAGCAGCAAGAUGACUAUGCAGUUCAGAGUUUUGAGCGUGGUAUUGCUGCCCAGGAAGCUGGCGCCUUCACAUGGGAAAUCGUCCCGGUUGAAGUUUCUGGAGGAAGAGGUAGGCCAUCAACCAUUGUUGACAAGGACGAAGGUCUUGGGAAGUUUGAUGCUGCCAAAUUGAGGAAACUCCGUCCUAGUUUCAAAGAGAAUGGAGGGACUGUUACAGCAGAAAUGCCUGCCCUUGUCCUAGUGAGCGGAGAGAAGGCUCGUCAGCUAGGACUUCAAGUAUUAGCAAAAAUUAAAGGGUAUGGUGACGCAGCUCAGGAACCAGAGUUUUUCACUACUGCUCCUGCUCUUGCUAUACCAAAAGCCAUUGCACAUGCUGGUUUGGAAUUUUCUCAAGUUGAUUACUACGAGAUCAAUGAAGCAUUUGCAGUUGUAGCACUUGCAAAUCAAAAGCUAUUAGGGAUUUCUCCGGAGAAAGUGAACGUAAAUGGAGGAGCUGUCUCCUUAGGACAUCCUCUGGGCUGCAGUGGCGCCCGUAUUCUAAUCACAUUGCUUGGGAUACUAAAGAAGAGAAACGGAAAGUACGGUGUGGGAGGAGUGUGCAAUGGAGGAGGAGGUGCUUCUGCUCUUGUUCUUGAACUCCUUUGAUGCAUUAUGAAUUCAGGUUGGUAAACUAAAUAGAUGGAUCUAUCUCUCUUCCAACUUCCAACUUCCAAGAGUCAGUAAUUGCAGUUCAAGUUUGAUGUUAGUUGGGUCUCUCAAUAAAGGAGUGAUCGUUGA